AUGGUUUCUGCUGUGAGAAUGCCUCAAAUCUCAGGAUUUGUUAACCCUCAAUUUUCUCCAGUUUUGGCCACUCCAACCAUCCCAAACAUGUAUCAUCAUGCUACUGUCCCGACCAAUAAUAUGGUCAGUAGCCAAAAUGGUCAUGGCCGUGGCAACCGUGUCAUAACUUCUGGUCAAACCAUUAGGAAUCACUCUCCAAAUGUUUUUGGUAACGCCACUCCAACUAUCUCAAACCUGAAUGAUGAUGUUAUGGUUCCGACCAAUAAUAUGGUCACUAGCCAAAAUGGUCAUGAACGUGUCAUAACUUCUGAUCCAACCAUUAACCCUCCAAAUGUUUUUAAUAACCAACGGGAAACCUUUUACCCUGAACCUAUCGAUUACACCAAAGUCGACACAAGUGACGAAGGUGGUGAAAACAAGUAUCAAACCCAUGGCGUACCAAAUGAAAAUUUCGGUUCAUUUAUGUGUCCCAAAUGCCACAGUCUGUUUGAUAUUUCACCAAAAUUAUCAGCUGCACGUAGCAAUGAGACUAAAGAGGAAAACGAGAAAGAACCUUGUGCAAGUACUAAAAAAAGGUAUAGUGAACAAAAUCAUCCAGAUGUCAUUGGUAAAGCUCGGAAGAUCGAAUCGGAGGACAAAGAUCCAGAAGAGAGCUGA